AUGCCUCCCUCCGACUUCAAGAAUGCCGAUAUACCUGAAAUUGUGGAGAGCUUGACUACGGACGAGGCGAUUCUGUUGACUGCCGGCGUUGGAUUCUGGCAUACGCACGAGAUACCAAGGUUGGGCGUUCCAGCUAUCAAGGUUAGCGAUGGUCCAAAUGGAAUCCGAGGAAAUCAUUUCUUUAUGGGGACGCCCGCGAAAUGUCUUCCCUCCUCCACGGCCCUUGGAUCGACCUGGGACACGAAGCUGAUCGAGGAAGUAGGUUUGAAAUUGUUGGCGCCCGAAGCCAAGCUGCGAGCUGCUUCGGUCAUCUUAGCCCCAACCUGUAACAUUCAGCGGAAUCCGCUAGGCGGAAGGAGCUUCGAAAGCUUCUCGGAAGACCCGAUUCUAUCCGGGCUGCUCGCUGCAGCCUACGUCAAUGGAGUGCAGAAAGGUGGAAUCGGAACUACCAUUAAACACUUCGUGUGUAACGACAAAGAAAACGAUCGACUAGGGUACGACAGUAUCGUAGGAGACCGAACUCUCCGCGAGGUGUACCUCAUGCCGUUCAUGCUGGCACAGAAGUUUGCCCAGCCUUGGGCCAUGAUGACUGCCUAUAAUCGCGUGAAUGGCACACACGCUUCCGAGAACCCGACGCUGCUCCAAAAGGUGGUUCGUGACGAAUGGAAAUACGAUGGAAUGAUAAUGAGUGACUGGUUCGGGAUUUACAGUAUUGAUCUUAGCGUGAAUGCGGGGCUCGAUCUGGAGAUGCCUGGCACCAAUAAGUGGCGGACACUCGACCUGAUGAACCGCUCAAUCCAGUCCCGAAAGCUGACUUCCCGUACCAUCAAGCAAAGGGCCAAGAAGGUCCUCGAACUCGUCAAGAAGUGCGCCAACGGCGCGCCCGAAAUACUCGACGGGGACGGCUUGGAACGCACCGUGGAGAAGGAUGAAGAUAGGGCGCUCAUGCGGCGUGUUGCUGCGGAAUCCAUUGUGCUCUUGAAGAACGAUGCGAAUCUGCUACCCUUGCAGCCCAAAAGUCUGAAGAAGGUCGCCAUCGUAGGUGGGAACGCGAAAGCUUUGGUACUGUCUGGUGGCGGCUCUGCAGCUUUGAAGGCAUCUUACUUCGUCUCGCCGUAUGAGGGCAUCGUAAACGCCUUGAAGGCUGCUGGCGAUGUGGAGGUAACCUAUAGCGAAGGGGCGAGAGCUUAUAUGACCAUGCCAACCCUUGAUUACGAUCUUUCCACAGAGGCUGGCGACCGUGGUUGGAUUGGAGAGUGGUAUAGCCACGAAGACGACGAGAGCAUGGUCCCUCUUAAGACGCCCAUCAGAACUCAAUAUAUCGACGAGACGAGAAUAUUCAUCAGCACUUCAACUCCCAAUGGAAUCACGCGACGUUGGUCGCUUAGGCUCAAAGGCUAUCUAAUCCCUCGUACCCAAGAUACCCAAUUUGAGUUCGGUCUUACUGCCGCUGGAAGGGCUAAGUUAUAUGUUGAUGGCGAACUUGUAAUCGACAACUGGACUCGUCAACGACGUGGAGAGGCCUUCUUUGGCGUGGGCUCAGAAGAAGAACGCGGUGUCUUCCCGCUGAAGGCAAACACGAAACAUGAGAUCGUCGUUGAAUAUUGCAACGUUCGUGGACCAGCCGAUGGCGACGAGGACGAGGCUGUCAUGGACAGUAACCCGGGCAUACGACUUGGUGGUGCAGAAGUCCAGGAUGCCGACGUAAUGAUGGCGGCUGCCGUUGAUUUGGCGAAGGAUGCGGACGCUGUCAUUGCAGUCGUCGGUCUGAACUCGGAUUGGGAGACGGAGGGAUACGAUAGAACAACUCUUGCACUUCCUGGACGGACAGACGAAUUGAUUGAGAAGGUCGUAAGGGCGAAUAAAAACACGGUUGUCGUCACCCAAUCCGGCUCCGCUAUUACGAUGCCCUGGAUAGAUUCGGUCUCCACCCUUGUUCAUGCAUGGUAUCUUGGUAAUGCCACAGGGGACGCCGUUGCGGAUGUACUCUUUGGAACAAAGAACCCGUCUGGAAAGCUGUCGAUGACCUUUCCUCGCCGUUUAGAAGACGUACCCGCGCACGGGCACUUCAAUUCAGAAAAUGGCAAAUUAAUCUAUGGCGAAGAAUUGCACGUCGGGUACAAGCACUACCAUCAUCGCAAUAUAUCGCCACUGUUCCCCUUCGGACACGGUCUUUCAUACACCGCCUUUUCGUACUCGGACCUCCAAACUUCUGCGGUUGAAUACACGAGCGACGGCCCCGCAGUCACAGCAAUUCUUACCAUUACUAACACUGGGAACCUCGUCGGCUCCGAAGUUGUCCAACUCUAUAUCGGUCAACCGCAGUCAAUUAGUGCUGUCACUCGCUUGGAUCACCAACUCAAGGCAUUUGCAAAGGUCGUCGAUCUAGUACCUGGCCAAAGCGAGAAAGUUGUCAUCAACUUGGAUAAGUACACAUUUUCAUAUUGGGAUACUACAUUCCAGGCGUGGGUCGUAGAGAAAGGGCCAUAUAGCGUAAAGGUAGGACGCAGCAGCACCGACAUAGUGCUCCAUGGGACCAUUGAGAUCACGAAGCCAUUCGAGUGGAACGGUUUGUAA